CAUGCUGUGCUCUCACUGAUUGUUGCUGUAAUAUUGUUUCUAUUUAUCAGCAGUUUGUCAACAUGUCUGUACGUGAAGACCUUUUAUCAGAUCGAUACUUCAUGAUCGACGUGAUGUAUUCUAUCUGAACUAACGUCUUUUUAUAUUAUUGAAGGUUAUAAUUACUAACAGGUGUUUGCAUGUUGGUGCAGUGGUUAGCGCUGUCCCCCUCACAGCGAGGAGGUUCCUGGUUAGAAUCCCCGUCUGGCAGGAGCCUCUCUGUGUGGAGUCUGCAUGUUCUCCUCGUGCAUGUGUGGGUUCUCUCCAGGUACUCCGGCUUCCUCCCACAGUCCAAAGACAUGCUCGUUAGGUUAACUGGUGACUCUAAUUUGCCCAUAGCUCUUUAGCCUUUAGCUCUAACAGUCUCUCUGGCCACUAGACGGCGAUGUCCCUUUAAUCUAAACGGGUCAUUUUGUUUAUUUUUGGAGCGUCUCAUUAGUGUGAACUGCAUUCCUCCACUGUGUACAAAUUAACACUGUUGCGGCGACGACACUCUCUCUCCCGCCCCCCCCCCCCUCUUUCUCGGAGGCGCAAUAAUCCUGAUGGUCCCCGGUGUUAUGAGAGAGAGAGCGAGUGAAAUGGAGGGAGCGUGUGUGUGUGUGUUUGUGUGUGUGUGUAUAACAGAGAGAGAUAGAGAGAGAGAGAGGAGUGCUGCUGUAGUCUUGUUGAGCGAGAUGCUCAGUAACCGACAGCAACGCAACAAUGCCGCACGACCACUGCAAACAGGAGCAGCUGACCAUCUCCAAUGUUCCCGUCACAGACUGCCCCCCCUCUCCCCCCCGAACCGCACCCCCCACCAUGAAGUCGGCUCAUUUCUUUGACAUGAUGGAUAAGAUGGAGCAGGUGCCAGAAGCUGCAGAGAUGAAGACGAUCCCUCAGAGACAGAAGGACGACUACAUUCCUUACCCGAGGAUCAAGGAGGUGUUGGAGAGGGGGGGUCCGUACCCUCAGGUCAUCUUGCCGGAGUUCGGAGGUUACUGGAUCGAGGGUCCCGAGGCUCCUCCGCCUCCCGCACCUCCUCCUGCCUCCCUGGAGACUGAGGGGGCGGAGAGAGAGGAGAGGAAAGAGGAAGAGGAGGAGGAGGAGGAGGAGGAGGAGGAAGCGAGGGCGGUCCUGAGAGAACUAGAGGAGGAAGAUAGACCCCCGGGGGAUUAUGGGUACCGGCUGGAGGAGAUCAGCGAGGCUGCUAGGGCGUACAGGAAGCACUUCUUAGGCAGGGAACAUUUAAACUUCUCUUGCUCGGCCAGCAGUCAGGGGAACCUCCUGCUGUCUGUGAGGCACGAGGAGGAGAAGGAGCACGAGUCGCUCCACGUCAUGAUCAGGUCUCGCGUGAAAAGUGUCUACCACAGAUUGUCCCUGACAGAGAUGCCAGAGAUCCCCAGUGUGCCCGAGCUCGCAAAGCUGCUCUGUGAUGAAGCUGCAGGUCUUCGUUUCAGUCCCGUCCUCUACCCCAAAGCGUCUCAGCUGAUCGUAAACUACGACGAACACGAAGUCAACAACACCUUCAAGUUUGGAGUCAUCUUCCAGACGUUUGGACAGGUGUCUGAGGAGGAGCUGUUCAGGAACAAUGAGGAAACGCCGGCAUUCACAGAGUUCCUGCAGCUGCUGGGAGACACGGUGGAGCUGCAGGACUUCAAGGGGUUUCGGGGCGGUCUGGAUGUGUCUCACGGCCAGACGGGUUCUCAGUCGGUGUACACAGUCCACAGACACCAGGAGAUCAUGUUCCACGUCUCCACCAAACUGCCCUUCACUGAGGGAGACACGCAGCAGCUCCAGAGGAAGCGUCACAUAGGAAACGACAUCGUGGCGGUGGUGUUCCAGGAAGAGGCCACGCCCUUUGUCCCGGAUAUGAUCGCAUCCAACUUCCUGCAUGCCUUCAUCCUAGUGCAGGUGGAGGAGCCUUGCUCUGACUGCACCUCCUACAAGGUGUCCGUCACAGCACGAGAAGAUGUGCCUCCGUUUGGCCCACCGCUCCCAAACCCAGCGUUUUUUAAGAAGGGUCCAGAGUUCAGAGAGUUUCUUCUCACCAAACUCAUCAACGCAGAAAUUGCCUGCUAUAAGAGCGACCGCUUCGCCAGACUGGAGGAGCGUACCAGGGCCGCUCUACUGGACAGCCUCCACGAUGAGCUGCAGAGACGCUCCCAAAGCAUGCUGGGAUUGACAUCAGGUCUGGAGGAGGAAGGGCGAGCUGAGAAUGGACACGCCCACGGAGGUCUGCUCGAGUCCCUCAAGAGGGCGAUGAGAGGGCGGAGCGUCUCCAUGGAGACAAUGUCAAGAGGCGGGGCAGGUCUUCCCACCAGCCUGAGUGGGGGGGGUCUCGCACACUUCAGUGCUGAGUAUAACGUGAAGUCUCCCGUGAAGAGACGUUCAGGACUUUUCCCGCGUCUGCUGAGCGUCGACAGUCAGACUGAGAAACACAACCUGAGAAGUCUCCUUAGCGAGCAGAGGAGCUUCGACUGCGGCUGCCACGCCACCCUGGAGGUGAGGUCGGAGCUGCCGUCCAAUCCCAGCUCUCCAGAGGCUGGACAACGGGACAGAGUCCACGUGAAGAAGGAGAGCAGUAAGAUCUCCAGGUCGACGUCCAGCAGCUGCAGCUUCAGCUUACCUGCAGAUGAAACACACCUGCUCGCCCAGGCUGUAACCGUAGAAGGUCAGAAUUCAAGUCCGCUCCUGGUCUGUCGCAGCCCCACAGAGCUGAAGAAUAAAAACUCUCCCAGGUCCAACCUUAAGUUUCGCUUUGACAAGUUGAGUCACUCAGCAGCACCCGGACAGUAAACUGUGAGGACGGCGAUGGGAG